AUGGAGAAGAAGUUAAGGAUAAAGAAGAAAGUAUGGAUGGGGAAGAAGUUUGGGAUGGGGAAGAUGUUUGGGAUGGAGAAGAAUCUACUAAUUAAGGAAGCAGAACAAGUUAAGGAGGAUGGAGAAGAAGUUAGGGAAGGAGAAAAAGUGAAGAAUGAAGAACAAGUUAGGGAAGGAGAAGAAGUUAAGGAUGGAGAACAAGUUAGGGAAGGAGAAGAAGAAGUUAAGGAUGGAGAAGUAGUUUGGGAUGGGGAAGAAGUGAAGGAAGGAGAAGAAGUUAAGGAAGAAGAAGAAGAAGAAGUUUUGGAUGGAGAAGAAGUUAAGGGUAAAGAAGAAAGCAUGGAUGGGGAAGAAGUUUGGGAUGGAGAAGAAGUUUGGAAUGGAGAAGAAUCUACUAAGUAUGGAGAAGAAAUUAAGGAAGAAGAAAAUGAAGUUAAGGAAGCAGAACAAGUUAAGGAGGAUGGAGAAGAAGUUAGGGAAGGAGAAAAAGUGAAGAAUGAAGAACAAGUUAGGGAAGGAGAAGAAGUUAAGGAUGGAGAACAAGUUAGGGAAGGAGAAGAAGAAGUUAAGGAUGGAGAAGAAGUUUGGGAUGGGGAAGAAGUGAAGGAAGGAGAAGAAGUUAAGGAAGAAGAAGAAGAAGAAGUUUUGGAUGGAGAAGAAGUUAAGGGUAAAGAAGAAAGCAUGGAUGGGGAAGAAGUUUGGGAUGGAGAAGAAGUUAAGGAUGGAGAAGAAGUUUGGGAUGGAGGAGAAGUUUGGAAUGGAGGAGAAGAACCGAAGUAUGGAGAAGAAGUUAAGGAAGAAGAAGUUUAG